AUGUUCUUCAACCCGAGAUCGCUCCUCAUAGGAGCUGCUGCUCUCUUCCUGUCCGGCGUGGCCACUGCCGCAGACUGCGCCAAUGGUCCCUGGACCAAUGUCCUCUACAUCGGCGGCGGCGGAGGUGGCGAUUGGUGCAAUACAAAGUACGAUCAAGGCAUCGUCGUCACGGGUAUGGAAGUCUGGGCUUCCAACAAGGCCGUCCGCGCCGUCCAGCUCUACUACAGCGACGGAUCAAACUCAGGCAUGGUUGGCAAACUCGACGACAUAGGCGAGCACCAGCGCAUCGAUUGGGACCCUUCGAAGGACGGUAUCUCCCAAUUUAAGUCAUGGGGCAACGGCAACGGCAAAUACCUCGGCCGCGUCUACCUUCGUCUCAAGUCCGGCGGCGAGCUUAAUGUCGGCAAGGACACCGACGGCCAGAAUGUCUAUGAGACGGAUGUCCAGUCCGGCAUCAUGCUUGGUGCGUACGGUAAAAGUGGCGAUUCUAUUGAUGGCAUGGGCGUGCUCUUCCUUAAGAGCAAGGUCAGCAAGGUCACCGUUGAGAACGUCAAAUUUUCCGACAACGUUGACGACCUCAACGAGCGCAUGCAAGGCCUCAACACGAUGAUCAUCGACUACGCCGACCACAAGAACAACCAAGUCAAUGCCACCGAUGACUUCUCCUUCUCAAAGAAGCAGGCCCGCACCGUAACAAAGACCUACACUACCACCGCCGCUCUAACCUUCGGCAUCACCGAGGCCGUUGAAGUCUCCGGCGAGCUCCUCGGCAUUGGUGGAAAGUCCACCACCACGCUCAAAUUCGAGACCACUCUCACAGACACGUCGAGCGAAGCCACUGCUGACACCGCCGAGCUGACGUACCAGACUAGUACGACGGUGCCGGCGGGCGGAAAGGUGUACUGCCGCGCUACGGCCAUGUCCGGUGUAUACAAGGGCAAGUACGAUGCCGACGUCAAGAUCUGGCUCGAGGAUGGCAGCGACUUCUCAUUCUCGCAGGGUGGUGAGCUGGAUCAGGUUACCUGGAGCCAAGCUAGCAGCGAGUGCCAGAAUGACCCCUUCACUGAUGACCUGCCUACUGCUGAGGCGCCUAUCAGCAUUGAUAACUUGGAUAAGCGUGCGAUCAAGUUCAUUGCAUAA